AAGAGAGAUACAUUUCCCUUCAGAAAAUGGGUUUGGAAACGAAACAGGAAAUGAACUCCAGUGGGGACCACAAGUAACUUCUUUCUGAAAAGACAAAUAUUAUGAGUUCUUCUGGAGCCAUGCAAAAAAAGCAUGAGGAGAAUAGUUUCCUUGAUACCAAGACAAUGGCGGAAGGUUCAGACCCAUCACCAUCACCAACAAACAUGGUUGCAGCUGCAGAUGAAGGAAACACCGAAAACAGCAAUGAAGAGAAUCUCAAUCUCUCUUUGGAUGAGUUCUAUCACCAAAACCACAAUCCACCACCACAAACAACAGAAGGUGUCUCAACCUUUGAGAAUGGAACAUCUUCGAUAUCUAUGGACAUAGAAAACACACAGAAUCUGAGUUUGAACAUCGGCAAUUCCUACAGCAACAAGGGUACUACUACCCCCUUGGUGCAAGAGAUUGUGAUUGAUCAUGAUGAUGCAUUUCACUAUGAGAAAUCCAAUUGGGACUCUACCAUUCAUGAAUUGCUUGAUCUUGGAUUUUCUAACCACAAUGAAAAUCAGCAAGCACAUGAUCACCAACAAUUUCAGCUAUGUGAGGCACAAAAUUGUAGUCAAAGUUACCAUUCAUCAGAUCUUCUUCAGCUUCAUUUGAAUCCGAAUCAAAUCCCUUGCAUCACAAACCCAAUUCAGAAUAAUACACCAAACUUUCAACAUUCCAUGGGGUUCCUUGGUGACCUUCCUGUGGGAUCAGACUAUGACACUUCACUUCAUUUGAAUCCAGCCUUUGGAGUUGGAGAGUUGUUUCCGUCUCUCCCGCAUGGCUACACUAGGCUGACUGAUUCGAGGAGCGGAUUCCUCUUUGGUGGAGGGGAUGAAAUGGAGGGAAAUGGAGCUUGUUAUCAAGAUGGAGAUGGAAGCCAGGUUGACAUUGGAGUGAUGGAGUUCAACAGAGCCAGAGCUUGUUCUGUUGGUGGCAGAGGGAGGAGAGGACAGGGUACCAUGCCAAUUGAUAAACAAAGAAGAGAGCAAUUGAAUGACAAAUACCAAAUCUUGAGAAGUUUGAUCCCAAGCCCCACUAAGGUAGAUAGAGCAUCUGUGGUGGGAGAUGCAAUUGAUUACAUAAGAGAACUGAUUAGAACAGUCAAUGAGCUCAAGUCACUGGUGGAGAAGAAAAGGAUUGGGAGGGAGAGGUUCAAGAGACACAAAGAUGAAAAUGAUGCUUCAGAGAGCUGUAACAUAAAACCUUAUGGUGAUGGGUCCAUAAGAACCUCAUGGCUUCAGAGGAAAUCGAAAGACAGCGAGGUUGAUGUCCGAAUAAUCGAUGAUGAAGUUAUAAUCAAGAUGGUUCAGAGGAAGAAGAUCAAUUGCAUGCUUUUUGUCCCCAAGGUCCUGGAUGAACUUCAGUUGGAUCUUCACCAUGUUGCUGGUGGCCAUGUUGGAGAAUAUUGCAGUUUCUUGUUCAAUAGCAAGAUAAUUGAAGGUUCUUCAGUCUAUGCAAGUGCCAUUGCCAACAGGGUGAUUGAGGUUAUGGACACUCAGUAUGCAGCAGCAGCUGUUCCACACAAUAGCAGCUAUUAGAGUUGUGGCUGAUUGAAUAAAAGAUUAGGGGUUUUUAUUAAUAUAGAUAAUGACAUUUAUGGAAAAAAUAAUAGAUAGCUAAUAAAGUUUAUAUGGAUGCUAGAUACAAAGAACUAAGAACUUAGUGAAAUUUACUAGUUAAACAGUUUAUGACUUA